AGUCAGAGAGAGGCGAGACUCCGGAGAGCUCCACUGCGCGCUUUCCUUCUCAUUCUGCCCCGGAUCUGGAUCAACCUGCUCCUGAGGAGCUUUCCAGCUCAGUGUGUCAGGAACAUCAGGACUAUAAACACGGAGAGAGAUACACACACACACACACACACACACCCCGCGCUGUGGAUUGUGCGCCCGGAUUGGCGUGUUUUUUUUUUGUUUUAUUAUUAUUAUUAUUAUUAUUAUUAUUAUUAUUAUUCCUAAGAGGAGUGAGGAUUUCUACUCCAGACCUGUCAGUAUUCCUGGAAGCUUCUGGAGCUGAAACCGGUGCACGAUGCUUUCAGACAGGUUCCGGUUGUUCCGGAUUCUCCUUGUUCUGCUUGUUCUGCCGGUUCCGAUCUCGGCCAGCGACGCUCUCUCCGCGCCUCGGGUCUACCUCUCCUUUAAAGAACUGAGGUCCACGAACACGGCGCAUCAUUUCUCCUUCCUGUUAAACACGUCGGAUUACCGGAUCCUGCGCAUGGAUGAGGAUCACGACCGCAUGUACGUAGGGAGCAAAGACUUCAUCCUGUCUCUGGACCUCCACGACAUCAACCACCAGCCGCUCAUCAUCCACUGGCCUGUUUCCUCACCAAGGAAGAUGGAGUGUGUGUUAAGCGGUAAAGACAACAAUGGUGAGUGUGGUAACUUCGUGCGUCUGAUCGAGCCGUGGAACAGGACUCACCUGUACGUGUGCGGGACCGGAGCCUACAACCCUGUGUGUACCUACAUCAACCGCGGACACAGAGCCAUGAUGCCCCUGCACCUGCAGAUGCCCCAGGCCAGAGGGAGGACAAGUCGGGCGGCUGAGCUCGAGACUGUGACUGAUGAGACGGGACUACAGGAGUACAUCUUCCGCUUGGAGCCAGGCAACGAGGAUUCUGGGAAAGGAAAGUGCCCGUAUGACCCAAAACUGAACAGCGUCUCAGCUUUGAUCAAUGGAGAACUGUAUGCAGGCGUGUACAUCGACUUCAUGGGAACAGACUCGGCUAUUUUCCGAACAUUGGGGAAAAACACGGCCAUGCGCACGGACCAGUAUAACUCCAGAUGGCUGAAUGACCCCUCUUUUGUGCACGUGCACCUCAUCCCAGACAGUGCGGAGAAAAACGACGACAAGCUCUACUUCUUCUUCCGCGAGAAGUCAUUGGAGAUGGGCCAGAGUCCUAAAUCAGAGGCACGCAUCGGGCGCAUCUGCCUGAACGAUGAUGGUGGUCACUGCUGCCUGGUGAACAAGUGGAGCACGUUCCUGAAAGCUCGCCUCAUCUGCUCUGUCCCAGGGGCCGAUGGGAUCGAAACACACUUUGACGAGCUCAGAGAUGUGUACAUACAACCAACACAGGACACCAAGAACCCGGUCAUCUACGGGGUCUUCUCCGUCUCUGGCUCGGUGUUUAAAGGCUCAGCGGUUUGCGUUUACUCCAUGGCCGACGUUCGGAUGGUGUUUAACGGACCGUUCUCACACAAGGAGGGUCCAAACUACCAGUGGGUGGCGUACACCGGAAAAAUCCCCUACCCACGGCCUGGAACAUGUCCCGGAGGAACCUUCACCCCCAACAUGAAGUCCACCAAGGAUUACCCCGACGAGGUCAUCAACUUUAUGCGUAACCACCCCACCAUGUACAACUCGGUGUACCCCGUCCACAAGCGCCCUCUGGUGGUCAGGACCAACGUGGACUACGAGUUCACCACCAUCGCUGUUGACCAGGUCACUGCGGCCGAUGGAAGCUACGAGGUCCUCUUCCUGGGUACAGACAGAGGGACGGUGCAGAAGGUGAUUGUUUUGCCCAGAGACGACCUGCAGAUGGAAGAGCUCAUCCUCGAGGAGGUGGAGGUGUUCAAGGUCCCGACUCCUGUUACGACCAUGAAGAUCUCAUCUAAAAGGCAACAGCUGUACGUGGCGUCGGUGGUGGGCGUGACCCAGCUCGCGCUGCACAGAUGUGACGUGUACGGCGAGGCGUGCGCCGACUGCUGCCUGGCCCGAGACCCGUACUGCGCCUGGGACGGCAAAUCCUGCUCCCGCUACUCAGCGUCGCACAAGAGGCUGCCUUUCAGACGCAGUCGGAGACAGGACGUUAAGUACGGGAACCCGAUACGGCAAUGCCGCGGCUACAACUCCAACGUCAAUAAGAACACUCUGGAGACGGUGCAGUACGGUGUGGAGAGCAGCAGCACUUUCCUGGAGUGUCAGGCCAGAUCUCCACACGCCGCCAUCAAAUGGCACUUCCACAAAGACAACAGCGAUCGGAGGAGAGAGGUUCGUUCAGACGGACGCGUGCUGAAGACGGAUCAGGGUUUGCUGCUGCGAUCUCUCCAGCCAUCCGACUCGGGCGUGUACGUCUGCACGGCCACCGAGAAGAACUUCAAGCACACGCUGAUGAAGCUGCAGCUGGUGGUGCUGUCGAGCCAGGCGGUGAACAGCGUGCUCCUGGAGAGCGGCUCUCGGCCUCAGACGAGCGCGUGGACGCCCAGCGCCGGACAGUACCGAGAGCUUCUCAGCAUCCUGAGCCAGCCCGAGAUGGGCCUCAUCAACCAGUACUGCCACGACUACUGGCAGCUCGGGGACGCGCUCAGAGACAGCGGCAGCGUCAAACCCAGCGAACUCCACGAGCAGAAGAAACCACGCAACCGCCGGCAUCAUGGCGAAGAGCACGAGGACGAGGAGGAGACAUGAGGACCUCCGUUACACUUUCAGAGACUCGAUCGUGAGCGGGACGGGGACGGGGGGGGAACGGGGGGAGAAAAACCGCGACGCUUCCGAACUUUUUGCCAGAACGAACAGAUGUUAUAACGCGUAAAGAAUAUCAUACACAGUAUUUAUUGUAGGUUGUAAAUAGUAUAAUUCUGUGGAUUUCUUUGUACUUAAAUAGAAAAAAGAAAAAGAAAAGAAUGCUCUUUGUGUAUAGGGCGGAUAUUAUUGUUAUAUCAUUUUUAUUGUCGUUAACGAGGAACAAAAAAAUCUAUCGGGCAUUGACGGGCGCUUUCAUCUCGACUCGAGUGUUUGGACUUCGUAAAAAAAACAAAAAAACAAAACAAAAAAAAAAACAAAAACAAAGAGGCGGGACUGUGCUGUCUGCAGGAACGUUAGAAGAGACUUUAUUUCCGACAGACAGACAAAAGGGGAAGACGUCGUUCCCAAGCCCGGUGCAUUCUGGGCCGGCUCAUCAGCACAUCAUUCAUACAGUCUUCCCUUAUUUCUGAGCAUCUCUCACAUAUAUAUAAAUAUAUCUAUAAAUAUGCACAUAAUGCUCUACAUGAUUGCACAAAACGUUCAGGUGGCAUACGAACUGAAUCCGAAGAAAAGACGAGACGAGGAGCAGGAGUGAUGAUGAUGAUGAGCAGCACAAGAGACUCCAGCCUGGACUUUGAGAUAAUGGUUGAAAAUGUGCAUUAGGUUUGUUCAGCUCCCGGUUUAAAUAUAUAGCGAUUAGUAAAGAUGUUUUGAAACCACUGCAGACGGACUCUGGGGAGCUUCACCUCUCACGUCGACCACUUUUGUAAAGAAGAAAAGCACAACGCGACUCGUUCCGCCACACGACGGUGAAGCGCGCGUCAUUACAGAUCUUUAGCGGUCUGGGAUUAUACACGGGGAAGCUGUGGAAACACGAUGCGGAAAAUAGCUACUUUACCACACGUUGUUAUGUUACCGUAUUUUCCCGACUGCGUUAGCGCAAUUCCGACGUGUCCAUUUGUCACUGUUAUUACAGUAGGCUUUAUACUCCAGAAUUUACGGUAAUAGCUUGGUGCAAAAAAACAGUCGGCUUAUUUCAGAACACAAACGAGAUCCAUGCCGGAAUUGUUCGGAGUGCGCUAGAGGUCGAGCGAUCGUGGAGUUUAGUGAUACUGCUGACUGAGUUGGGCCUGCUGAUAACCGAUUACUCGACCAGUAGUUCAAAUGAAAUCAUAACACGCAAAGUAGCUGAAGUUUAUUACAAAAAUAAACAGUACUGAGUGUACUGUACGUUUUUUUAAAAAUGAAAUAAAUAUAUAAAUAGUAAUAUAUAUUAACUAUUAAUAAAUAUCCAGACUGAACCGAAAAGUAGCGCUCCAAAUACCUAAUAAAAACAGAGACGUCCAAGAUGAACCAAAAAACACUUUGAAUAACACGACAAAAUUUGUCAGCGAUGGUUUUUAUUUCGCCUCUAGAGGCCGCUCUCGUGCUGUAGACCCAACCAGCCAAAAGGUGAGGAUUUUUACAGAUAAUUAAUAGUUCCAGCAAUCCGUUAUCAGUGCCAAUUAAUCACCAAAAACUGAUCAAUCGGUCGACCUCUAGAGUGCACUAUUGUACAUUAAAAAAAAAUUAUCAAAUAUUAGUAUUAAAGGUGCAGGGUGGCAUUUUAAAAAUCUUUUUUCCUUAAUCUAUAAUAACUAUACGUUUUUAAGGGUACCUGGAAGAACUGCGAUUAUUGCAGUGCAGUAAAACUUCACAGCUUCUUUAUUUCAGGCUUCUGUGUCGACGAUUUCCGGCCCGUAAACGAGUUCCACGAAGGCGAAACUGUGCUGGGUUUUUUUUCCGAAAAAUUCAUGGGCAGCUAAUGGGGCAAAUGUGUUGUCAGAGGAAGGGGCGGAGUCUGUUGUGUGGAGGCUAAGACUUGACAUUGUAAUAAUACCCAGUGGUAGUUCACCUUUCAGGCAGUAGAGGGCUCUAAAAAUUACAAACCGCCCCUUUAAACCUCGCCACAGCGGUUUAUAACGGUUUCUGGGCGAAGAUGGAUUUCUGGGCAGAUAUUUUACAGUAAAGACUGCACCAAAGCUCAGGAAAUUAGCUGAAUUUCGGGAACAUUAACAGGAUUAAAAACUAGACACAAAGUGUCAGGACAAACACCGAAAAUAAAGAUGCGAUUUACGCAACAAGGCAGCAGAAUUGAACGGUCACGUUUUGUCCGGAAAAUACGGUACUCAUCAGGACGUUCGAUUUCCCUGCGUGCAUGACUCGUGUGUUUGUAAUUCUGAACACGAAAAAAUUGCCGUUAUUUUUUAUUUUAUUUGAUACAUUUUCGGCAAACCAGGAAACGGAAGAAAUCACACGAGAGCAAGGAUGCACUCAUUGUUCUCUCCUGAGGAAAUACCACAUCUGUAUCUUUCCUUCAUCUCACAGCAGGAGGAAAAACGCUUGUACGAUUUAUUGGUCUUGUCUUCUCUCAUCAUCACUUUUUAAAUCUAAAUGCACAGGUGAUGUUAUUGUAAUGAUUCAUGUAAAUGACCCCCCCCCCCCCCCCCCCCCUUCUUGUUGGUGUUGCUGACUAAUAAAUUAAAGCUCUAUAUUUUAUAGUAA